AAAUUUGAACGUAAUAUCGUAGUUUAUGAUUUUACCGUAGGAAGGCGCUCGUGGAGCAAGUUAAAAAUGGCUGAUGAUAUACGAAUGCAUUUGCGAAUCGCGAGUCGAUUCGUGUUCUUCGGUCGUUACUUUUUGUGAUUUUCUCACGUGUAGUGGCAUUUCUUUGCGUGUUUGUAAAAUAUUAAUAAUAUUAAUUCAAAUUUUUUCAUGUAUAACAAUUAAUUGGAAAGGAACAAAGGAAAUAAAAUAUUCGGAAUAUUUUAACGAAAGUUCCCGAAGGUGAUUCAUUGUCUAACUGAAUUUUUAGCUUAGAAAGAUCGUGUUUUGGAGAAAAUUCUUACAUUACGAAUAAAAUUUUAAUUAAAUAUGACUGAAGAACACCAAUUACCCUCUGAUUCUGAUGAAGAUGAUGAAGAUUAUAUUCCCGAUGGUGCAGAUAGUGAGCCAGUAUCUGAAGUAGAAUCUGAAGGUGAUGCAGAGAGUGGUCCUGAAGAUGAGAAUGAUGAAAACCAAAGAGAAACGACAAAGAAAAGAGGAAGAAAGAAAAAUAAAGUUAUAAAAUCUAAAAUUAGAAAGCGUAGAAGAACAAGGAAAAAGAUAACAGAGAAUAAGAAUGAUGAAAAAGAGGAAAAACAACAAAAAGAAGAAUCUAUUGAGAAAAAAGAACUUACCGAAGAAGAGGAGAAAAAAAGGGCUGAUUCUCUUUGGGCUGAUUUUAUGAAAGACACAGCAAUGACACCUAAACCUAAGCAACAAAAUGUAACAAAUAAAUCUAAAGAGAGAUCUCCAUCUAUAGAAAAGCCAAAAGUAGAAGAAAAAGUAAAAAUAACUAAAGUAUUUGAAUUUGCUGGUGAAGAAGUAAAAGUAGAAAAAGAAGUCUCCAUAGAUUCGGCAGAAGCAAGAAUAUCUCUAUCUUCUGCUGAGAAUUCUGAGAAAACAGGAAAUUCUGGAUCUCCUGCGGGUAGAGGAUCUGGAAGAGGUAGAGGUUUCAAGCGGGCUGGUCUAGGGGGUAUUUCUUCUGUCCUUGGUCAAUUAGGAAAGAAGGCGAAAAUUAGUACGUUAGAAAAGUCCAAACUAGAUUGGGAUAAUUAUAAGAAACAAGAGAAUUUGGAGGAAGAAAUUAGUACUCAUAACAAAGGCAAGGAUGGAUAUUUAGAACGUCAAGAUUUCUUACAAAGGGCAGAUUUGCGACAGUUUGAAAUUGAAAAGCAAUUACGUAAUGCAAAUAGACGUAGUACACGGUGAAUUUAUAAUUUUAUGUAUAUAUAUUUUAUAUAUAUAUAUAUAUCUUCCCUAACAAUGAAAACCAGAAAUGGUAUUGAGAAAAAUAUCUUAUUAGAAUUGCCAAUUAUUGGCGCUUGUAGCACAUAUUUACUCGAAUUGUUUAAACUCUUACUAAAUAUCUCAUGCCAUGUAUAAAAAUGUGAUUGCCUCGCUUGGCUUGACAAUCGGCUGGAUCUGGUUAAGAAACGGUUGAGAGCCAAUUCUGUGAGAAGAGACUGAUCAUUCCAAUGUAUCGAAGAUAAUAUAGUACGUUAUGUAAUAGUCUAAUGUAUCAUCUGCGAGCGUUGUCUCGAUCCAUUAUAUCACAGAACUUCGCAUCGAAGCAGGAUGUUUGAAGCUUGGUGCUUCGGAGACCGACGAUAUAUAUUCUAACAAUAAACAAGCUCCAGAGAUGUUUUUAUUCCAUUUCAGUGGAAGAAAGGAUGAUUGAUGACAGUGUAGAUUAGUGUAGGUAUUUAAUAAAGUGUCGUUUGAAUGAUAAAUGAAUACAUAUAUACCAGUAUGUAUUCUAGUAUGUAUGCCUUAGAAAUAAUCAUGACAUUUUUCUUCAUUUACGAUCACUGCCUUGGGCGAGUCACGAGAAACAUUUUAUUAUAUUUAUAGACGAGAUAGAAAACCUAGAUUAUUGUUACAGAAUUACAAAUGAGAGAUUACAGCAAUUGUUUUAUAUUUUUUCAACUAUAUCUAUUUAUCAUAUUUAUUCACAAAAUUACGACAUGGCAUAUCUGCGAAAAAUAACAUGUCAAUAUAGUUCAAUCAUUAAUUCAUUUGAAAAAAA